AUGAUGCUCAACGUUGGAAAAUAUCUACUGGCGGGUUUGGCGUUGGGAGGAGCAAACGCUCGCAGUACUAAUAUUGCUUCAGUUGCAAACGAGCGCAUACACGGCCAUGAAAGUUUCGUUGACAACGAUGGCGUGAGGAUCCAUUACCGGUCAUACGGCUCUGGACCUCUCCUAGUUUUACAACAAGGUUCCCCAGACAGAGAGACCACCUGGAACACUUUUCAAAUCCAAGAAUUCGCAAAGAAAUACACCGUUGUGACUCCCACACUGCGCGGAUAUCCACCCAGCGAUGUCCCACCAGAAAAGGAAGACUAUGCUGCUGCCGCCCAUGUUUCGGACAUGUUGAAGGGCCUCGUUAUGGUUAACACACCAAUUAUCCCAGUUUUCCUCCCCUUGAUUGAGUUUGACAGCUACCAGCACCUGCUAUCGGAAUACACAAUACCAUACUAUGCGUACCAUCCAGGCCAGCCGAAAAAUGUUUCCACCAUAGUGCAGCACAUCUUGAACGAAACAUACCGCGAUCAGAUUGCAGAAUACGUAAACAAAUCUCUUCGCUAUGGGAUGCUUGACUUUUACAACGAAAACUUUCCUGCGCCUCCAUAUGGACAGAAUCUCAGUACUGAAGGCUUGACUCAAACUGUCCCCAGCGCCAUUAUCUGGGAAGAGCUCGAUCCAUAUUUUAGUCCGGCUAUGCAAAAUGGCCUCGAGGCUUGGUUUGACUAUGACAUUAGAUUAGUCGUGAUUCCAGGCGCCGGGCACUAG